AUGGCGGAGAAUGACACUGUGGUGACAGAAUUCAUUCUGAUGGCACUCCAGCUGUCGCCAGAGCUGCAGAUGGGCCUCUUCUUUGUGUUUCUGGUCCUGUAUCUCAUCACCAUGGGGGGAAACCUGGGCAUCAUAGCGUUGAUUCAGAGAGACCUUCGUCUCCAAACUCCCAUGUACUUCUUCCUCCGCCACCUUUCCUUCCUGGACAUUUGCUACUCUUCGGUCAUUGUCCCUCAGUUGCUUGAGACCUUGGGUACCCAUAAGAUGGCCAUCACCUACAAGCGCUGUGCCACCCAGUUCUUCUUCUUUACACUCUGUGCGAGCACUGAAUGUUUCCUUUUGGCUGUGAUGGCUUAUGACCGCUAUAUGGCUGUGUGUAACCCCCUCUUCUAUGCCAUUGCCAUGACACCACAGACCUGCCUGGGGCUGGUGGCUGGGGCAUACGCUGGGGCCAUGGUCAAUGCUGUGAUCCGCACUGGGUGUACCUUUUCAAUCUCCUUCUGUAAGUCCAACCACGUGGACUUCUUUUUUUGUGACCUCCCACCCCUGCUGAAACUUGCAUGUAGUGAGACCAAGCCACGGGAACAGGUCAUCUACCUCCUAGCUUUCUUGGUCAUUACAACCAGCAUUUCAGUGAUUCUUAUAUCCUACUUUUUUAUCAUUCAUGCCAUUAUGAAGAUUCGUACAGCAGGUGGCAAAGCCAAGACUUUCUCCACCUGUGCUUCUCACAUGACUGCAGUGGCUCUUUUCUUUGGGACACUCAUAUUCAUCUACCUGAAAGGUAACAUGGGCAAAUCCCUUGGAGAGGAUAAGAUUGUGUCAGUAUUUUACACUGUGGUCAUCCCUAUGCUGAACCCAAUAAUCUACAGCCUGAGAAACAAGGAGGUGAAGGAGGCUCUGAAGAAAGCUCUCAACAAGAUAAAGGUUUCCCAAGUAGAAUAA